AUGGGUAAGGCCAAAGGAAAGCAUCGUUUGGAUGACUACUACUAUCUCUCGAAAGAGCGUGCGUUCCGUUCUCGUGCUGCUUACAAGCUUCUCCAGCUCAACGAGAAGUUCCCUUUUCUCCACAAAUCGAGAGCCGUUCUCGAUCUAUGCGCCGCCACCGGUGGUUGGAUGCAGGUCGCCGUCGAGAAAUGUCCCGUCGGCAGCCUCGUUCUCGGAGUCGAUCUCGUCCCGAUCGCUCACGUGAGCGGCUGCGUCACUCUCCAGCAGGACAUCACCCACCCCGAGUGCAUGUCGAGAAUCAAGCAGGUCAUGAAGAAGCAUGGCGUUGGCGCUUUCGAUCUAGUCCUCCACGACGGCUCCCCGAACGUCGGUGGCGCGUCGGCUCAGGAGGCUGUGACCCAGAACGCUUUGGUUAUCGACUCCGUGAGGUUGGCCACGGAGUUGUUAGCUCGCAAUGGGAACUUCAUCACUAAGGUGUUCAGGUCGCGAGAUUACAACUCUGUGCUCUACUGCCUUGGGAAGCUGUUCGACAAGGUUGAAGUGUAUAAGCCGGCCGCUAGUCGUUCAACAUCCGCAGAGACAUUUGUUUUGGGUUUGAGAUACAAAGCUCCUGGAGAUAUUGAUCCGCGUCUUCUUGAUGAUUACAGACAUCUCUUCAAGGAGGUAGUAGAAACUAGGGAAAAGCCGGUGGAUGUAAUUAACAAGACAAGAGAGAAGAAGAGAAACCGUGUCGGGUACGAAAAUGGAGUCUCUGUUUUGAGGAAAGUUUCAUCUGCUGCUGACUUUGUUUGGUCUGAGACUCCUCUGGACAUUCUUGGUACGGUUACUUGUAUAUCCUUUGAUGAUCAAGCCUCUCUACCUUUAAAGGAACAUGAGUUGACCACGGAGGAGGUUAAAGUUCUCUGCGAUGAUCUUCUUGUUUUGCAUAAGAAUGACUUCAAGCAUAUCCUGAAAUGGCGAAUGCAAAUCAGGAAAGCUAAAAUGGAAGAAACUAAAAAGGAGCCUCAAGAUGAGAAACUACUCAAUGAAUUGGAAGAGCUUACAUUUGACGAAACUACCUUUGUUGUACGUUCGUGUCUUCCUGAUUGCUUUAACGUUGAUAUAUAUGAUCUGACGGAUUUGCCCAUGACAAGAAAAAAGGAAAUAGAAGAAUCUGACGACGUAGUUUCCAUUUUUCAGUCCUAUGUUUGUUUGGAUUGA